CUGUGCUCUGCCGCACAAGUUUCUGUCUCAUUCUCCAUAAAGACAAGAGAGCGUAUCCGAACAUGAUCCGUUGAGCCGUGCCUUGCCGGGCUCACUGCUCCCUGCAGUCUCAGAAAUUUUCUUCGUCUACGGAUAUCACAGCGAUCACUACGCAAGGCCAGCACCUCAAUACACCAACCUGAAAAUCUCUGGCACGGAUUCGAGUGAGCACUUGUGGAGAGUGAUUCAUAUCAUGAGGCUUGUCUAUGGGAAAAUCGGAACCGACGAUACUGGAUUUCAAGUGGCCUCAUGUCUAUGAAGACAGCUGGAUUUCGGAGACCGCAAUUUUUCACAACGACAUCGCCCGUUUCUCUUUGAAAUUUAACGGCGGAACGAACAUGGUCGCUUUCGAACCUCAUAUCUGGAUGGGUGGAC